AUGGAAGGCGAACAGCAAUACGACACAUCUCCGAUUUUUGACUCGUUUGACAUCGAUCUUGUUGUCAAGCACCUCUCGCAUACUGUUUUCAGUCCAUUCUUCACGUUCUUGUUCCCGGUUUUCUUCUUGUUUCAGGGAUUACACUGGUCCGAUCCGGCUGUUCUAGCCACGGUCGGUUAUAAUUUGGUUCUCUGCGCCUUCUGGUUUUUGAAGUGGUGCUCUCGGUUGUAUCGGAAUCAAGGAAGUCUUCUCUUCGGGCAGCCACCUUUGGACUGGGGCGAACAGGUUGUCGUCAUUACCGGAGGUUCUUCGGGUAUCGGAGAACUCAUUGCGAACACCCUAGCGGUGCGCAAUGUCACUGUUAUUGUGCUGGACAUCAAGCCCAUCAUCACUGAGAAUUUCAACAUAACGUAUUACAAGUGUGAUGUGUCAAAAUGGGAAGAGGUGGAAGCUGUGUCCAAGAAGAUAACGGAUGAAAUUGGUCACCCGACCAUACUCAUCAAUAACGCCGGUGUUGUUCAGGGAAAGCUCUUAGUUGAUCUUACCGCCGCGGACAUUCAACAAACAUUCUCGGUUAACACCUUGGCGCAUUUUUGGACGCUGAAAGCGUUCCUCCCGCACAUGAUUAAACAAAAUUCGGGUCACAUCAUUAAUAUGGCAUCCGUAACAGGCUUGGUAGGCAUGGCGAAAAUGACUGAUUACAACGCGUCCAAGGCGGCGUUGAUCUCUCUGCACGAGUCCCUGCGUUAUGAGCUUGACCACAAGUACCACGCCCCGUCCGUGCGCACUACCCUCAUGAUUCCUGGCCAUGUCGUGACUGGACUAUUCUCCACCGUCCAACUCCCUGUCUCACCGCUGCACCGAUUCUUCUUCCCAAGCCUUGCUCCCGUCACCGUGGUGAAAGCGGUGAUAACGGCUCUGGAUGAACAGCACUCGCGCACCAUAUAUCUGCCUUUCUUCGCUAACUUCACUCCUUUGUUCCCACUUUUUCCAAGUUUCCUGAGAGACCUUGCGCAAUGGGUCUCUGGGUGCGACUAUGCUAUGGACGAUUUCGUGAAAGUGAACAGUCGCCGGUCAGAGGAAGUGCCCCCUGCUGGCGCGGAGUCCGAGGCUUCUACCAAACGCGGUUGA